CAUAUUCUCAAACAUUCAGUUUAUGUUCAGCUAUGUCUAUGAUAGUUACAACAUUAGCACUAGCGGGAGCUGUUGCUCUUCUCUUUCGAUUUUACGCGAAAUACAAAUUAAAUUAUUGGAAACGACGUGGAGUCGAAUCACUGCCAACAGAUUCAAUAUUCGGUAAUUUCAAGGAUGCUGUACUUUUUAGAACAGCACCAGGAUGGCAUCUUGGCAAAUUGUAUAAAGAUGCCACAGAAGAUGCGAAAUUAUUGGGAUUCUACAUUUUUCACAAACCAUGCGUUCUUCUGAGAGAUCCAAAAUUAAUCCGACAAAUUAUGGUUGCCGAUUUUGAAAAUUUCUCCGAUCGUCAUUUUGGAGGGUCCAAACAAACCGACAGUAUUGGAAUGAAAAAUUUGUUCGCCCUGAAGAAUCCUGGUUGGAAAUAUGUGAGAUCGAGAAUCACUCCAACUUUAUCGAGAGGAAAACUAAAAUUAAUGCUGCCAAGGAUGAAGGAAGUUGGCGAAAAUAUGAUAGACUAUAUUGAUAGUGUAGCAUCUGAUUGUGAAGGAGGUAAAAGAAUCGACGCUCAAGAUUUGAGUUUUAAAUAUACAACCGAUUUGAUUUCUGUUGUUGCACUUGGAACAACAUUAAAUUCGUUCCAGAAUCCUAAUCAUCCUCUCACCAAAGUUUUGGACGACUUUUUCCACAGUUUGAAAAGAAUGGUAGCAUUAGUCACCGUUUUCUUCAUGCCAGAAUUAAUUGAAUUAUUUGGUAAAGUUAUGCUAUUCGACUCGAGUUUUAUGAAGAAGGUUUUCUUCAAGGCAAUGGAGGACAGGGAAAAUUCGGGAAUUAAGAAGGACGACUUUCUUGAUGCUGUAAUUAAAUUAAGGAAUGAUCCUCAAAAUCCUGUUUAUAAAUUCGAAGGAGAUAAUCUCUUUAACCAAACUGGGACAUUUCUCGCUGGAUUUGAGACCAGCUCAACUGCCACAGCAUUUACCAUACUGGAAUUAGCGAAACAACCCGAAUUUCAGCAGAAAGCGAGGGAAGACGUUAAUGCAGCAAUAGAUAAGCAUGGACUGACUUUUGAGGCUUUUAAUAACAUGAAAUAUCUCGACAAGUGUAUUGCAGAAGGCAUUCGUCUUUAUCCUCCAGUUUCGACCCUUGACCGAUACACCAAAGAAGACUACAAGAUUCCCGGCACCGAUAUUGUCAUUGAGAGAGGAACUGCAGUUUACGUUUCGCUUUUUGGUUUACAACAAGAUCCAAAAUACUUUAAGGAUCCUGAAGUCUACAAUCCUGAACGAUUUAAUGAUUCAGUGAAUAUUUCUGACGCCUACAUUCCAUUUGGUAUUGGACCUCGAAUGUGUGUUGGUAUGAAAACUGGUCAGCUACAUGCAAAGGUUGUGAUAGCAAUGAUUUUAAGAAAAUACGAAAUCAAAGAAUUGAAUAAGGAUAAUAUAUGUCUGGACAGCCGAUCAACAUUCACUGCUGCUGCUGAUGGCAUCAAUCUUCAAUUUAAAGAAGUCCCGUCAUGCUAUUACAAAUACAAUUAUAAAAUAAUGGCAUUCCUCUCGGGAAUUGUUCCCUUCUUAAUAUCAAUUGUCAUUCUAUUUCGAUUAUAUGCAAAAUUUAAAUUAUCCUAUUGGAAAAGACGUGGAGUCACAUCACUACCAACUGACGUUAUUUUUGGUAAUUUCAAAGAAGCCCUACUAUUUCGUAAAGCACCGGGAUGGUUUCUUGGACAAUUGCAUAAAGCAGCAAAACUAGAUGCAUCAAUUUUAGGAUUUUACAUUUUUCACAAGCCAUGUGUAUUAAUACGCGAUCCUGAAAUUAUUAAACAAAUGUUUGUCACUGAUUUUGAAAAUUUUUCCGAUCGUCAUUUUGCUGGUAUUAAACAAAAGGACAGUACUGGUAUGAAAAAUCUUUUUGGCUUAAAAAAUCCCACAUGGAAAUAUGUGAGAUCAAAAAUAACACCAACAUUGACGCGAGGUAAAAUAAAACAAAUGCUACCAUUAAUGAUGGAAACUGGUGAGCCAUUAAUGCACUAUUUGGAAAAUCAAAGAGCCGAUGAGAAUGGAAUUCGAAAUGCCGAUGCACAAAAUAUGAGUCUAAAGCAUUGCACUGAUUUAACAGCAUCCAUUGCAUUUGGUACAAAGACUGAUUCAUUUCGUGGGUUAAAUGCAGAAUUUUCCCACGCAUUCAUGGAUUUCUUCCAAGGAGUAAAAAGAAUGACAGCAUUAAUAGCAGUUUUCUUUAUACCAGAAAUAAUCGAAUUUUAUGGUGGUGGAGUAUUUGUGAAACCUGAUUUUGUAAAACACGUCUUUUGGGAUGCAUUAAAAUCAAGGGAAGAGACAAAAGAAAAAAGAGGAGAUUUCAUUGAUUCUUUAAUAAAACUUAAAAAUGAGGAACAAAAUUCCGAUUUCAAGAUGGAUGGGGAAAAUUUACUCUUUCAAUCUGGAAUGUUUUUGUCUGGAUUUGAAUCGAGUGCAACGACAACGGCCUUUACUUUAAUGGAAUUGGCAAAUAAUCACGAAUUUCAAAAAGAAGCACGAGAAGAUAUUAAUAAAGCAAUUGAAAAACAUGGAUUAACUUACGAGGCUUUUAAUGAAAUGAAAUAUUUAGAUCAAUGCAUCUCAGAAAGUAUAAGACUUCAUCCUCCAAUUUCGACUCUUGAUCGCUAUACCAGACAAGAUUACAAGAUUCCUGGCACCGACGUUGUUAUUGAAAAAGGAACGCCCGUAUAUGUCUCUCUUUAUGGAAUGCAUGAAGAUGAACGAUUUUUCGAAGACCCAUUAACUUUUAAUCCAAAUCGAUUUGAUAAUGAUGCAAAAAUUUCCGAUGCAUAUCUUCCAUUUGGAAUAGGACCAAGAUCAUGUGUUGCGACAAAAUUGGGACAAUUACACGUGAAAGUUGUUUUAGCGACAAUUUUACGUGAAUAUAGUGUCAAUCAAUUAAUUAAGGACAAAACAAUCUUAAAUCCAAAGUCAACAUUUACUGCUGCAGCCAAUGGAAUUAAUCUUCAAUUUAAAAAAAUUGUUGCAUAAUUUUCUUUUAUCAAUUUUAUAAACUGUUUGUAAUAAAAUUAAUUAAUCUAAAUUAAUUUAGUUAACUAAAAUUAAUUUAAUUAAUUAAAUUAAUUAUUUUAAUAUUAAUAUUAUUGUACAACUGCCUUUACAUAUUAUUAUCCUAGUAUCUUUUGCAUUAUUGUAAAAUUGCAAAAAUAUAUAAUGUGCUAUACAAUUAUAACAAUAUGUAAUAAACAAUUAUAUCCAAAAAUAA